AUGGGACCAAGCCUGGGGCUGGGGACCAUCCUCUGCAGGGACCCUAUCUGGAAGGUGGGGGAUCCAGCCUGCUGGAUCAGCUUAUGUUGGUGGCAGAGCCAUCCCUGGUCACAGGAAGGAGAGAAUGAUGAUGAUGGAAAUAAUACUCGCCAGCCCUGUGGCAGGCUUAGUACGUGCCAUCCUGCCUCAUCGAAUCCUCCCAAUGACUACCAGAAUGUAAGCUCCAGGCAGGCAAGAACUUUAUCUUGUUCACUCGAAGCUGAAGCCCCAGCAUGUACAAUCCCGGGCUGGGUCGCUUACUCAUCAGCAGAGAGGAACACGGAUUCUCUUUGGAAAAGACAAACUACCCUCCCGGAGCCGCGGCACAGUCUCACUGAGGGCCUGCUCCCAUUCCAGUCAAAGGGCGACAAAAAGAAAAAACGUGAGCCACCAUCAGCCUCAGAGAAGGAGAGAGUGUCUGGCUUCCCCACCCUGGCGUUUCUGCAUCCUGAGAAACUCACUGCCUGUGGAAGCUCCAGGCCCCUCCCACCUUGUCAGACACAGGUUCUGCUGGAAGGAGCCUCCAGCCUCUGGCUUUGCAGCCGAAGCUCAGAAUUGCCCGUGGGGGACCAGAAGGUAAGAACAGACCUGGGCUGUAACUUCCACAGUGCCUCCUGCUGGCUGGGGAGCGGGGACAUGUCAUGUGCCACUAUGAGCCUCAGUUUCCUCAUCUGUCCAAUAGGUAUGCUAAGCCUCUCAGGCCUGCCCCAGCCUUGCAGAGGGGGUGGGAGAGCAGGAUUUCCCAUCUCAGACCUCAGAGACAAAUGUGGCUGCCAAACAUAGCCUGACUCAGUGCAGGCAGCCCUGGGCCCCGUCGGGCCGGCCCUGUGAGGGAGGGCGGUGUAGGGGCACCCAGCUGC